AUGUGCCCACGUGUCCUUGCGCUCUUCCACACAGUCGACUCGUACCUUUAUUUAUGGAGAAAAUGUCUCGAUAUAAUAGCAUCAUCCCAACAAUAUCAAGUUCAAAUAUUCAACGAAAACACCGAUGUGUACAAAACUAUUCACGAUUCUGAAGUAUUCGUGGUCGUCGACGAAAUAAUCCACGACGAAUGGUUGGACUUUCGCCACCAAAUAACGAAUCAACAACAGCUGAAGAAACAUCUGAGAAAGCGACAACAACAACAACCGAUAUGGAUAAACAGAUUGAAAACGACUUUUUCAAAGCGUACUUCAAUCAAAACUGGUCAACUGAAACACUCAACAUCAAAUUCUGAAACACUAUUGAUAACUAUGAAUACAAAUCAGCAAUUUACAUCAAAUGCGACAUCGAUCACAGGCACGAUAACAAAUAGAAUUGAAAUAUUCAUUCCAUCGAUCUAUCGACUAUAUGAACACAUCUAUCAUAAUAUUCGAUAA